AUGAUACAAGGGGGGAAAACGCUCUCUGUGACCGAAGGAGGACAAGUUACAGAUGAGCCUUUUGAAGAAGUUGUAGAAUCUAAUGUUUCAACAUCAGACAAUAUCAACCUAGAAACACCUGGGAAUAACAACACAGAUCUCCUUCCACAAACAAAUGACGUCAAAAAACUCUCCAAAACUCAUUGGAAAAAGUCUGUGUGCCCAUUGCCUGCUGUCUUGCCUCCUAUUGACGAGGUGUCUCGGGAUCACUUACGUAGCUGGUGCCAGCAAUUUAACCUGAGUACAGAUGGCCAGAAAAUAGAAGUGUAUUUGAGACUCCUGAGGCACAGAUAUCCUGAGCAACAAAAUUAUAUUCCCAAAACACCAGAGGAGGCCAGAUUGACCUCGAAUUCCAAGAAACAUAGGAAAGAAAGAAGUCUACAGACAAACAGUAGAAUAAGUGAGGCCACUUCACACAAGGCCACUGUUGGACAUGAGAGAAAUAAUAUCAUGGAAGUAGUAACUUCUGCCCAAGCAUCUAUGUUGGCAUGUUGGGCACGGAUUGCUGCAGGUGCUGCCAAACCCAGGACAGUGAAGUUUUGUCCUACUGCUUCAACUAUAGAGACAUUUUUGCUUCCAGCCUCUGGUGUCAGGUGGUGUGUAGUCCAUGGCAGACUUCUCCCAGCAGAUGGGAAGGGAUGGGUGCGCUUGCAGUUUUGUGCAGGUCAGACCUGGGUCCCCAACAGUUGCAAGACAAUGAUUUCUCUCUUCCUGUUACCAGCCUGUUUAUUCCCAACCCCAGGACUAAAAGAUAAUAUGUUAUGCCCUGAAUGUGUCAAAAGGAAUAAGAAGAUAAUGAAAAAAAUUAAGUACAAUAGGAGAUAAAAGAAAAAGGCCAUACUUUCAGAGACUAAA